AGAGCCGUCGGCUCAGUGGCCCACGUCGGCCGCCCGGAGUAGCGGCGGUACUCGGCGGCAGCGCGUGGCGAAGAAGCCGUCCGCCAUGCAGUCCUCGCACGCGCUGGCUGUGGACGCCACUGUUUCGUCUCCUGGAAAUGACAGCAGUGUGGACAUCAGUGUCGAGAGCAUCGAGGAGCCUCCUCAGCCCCGCGACCUGAUCGGGGAAGUGACCGAGUGGGUCACCAACAUGCAAGUGGUGCGGCCGGAACUGGUCCGGGCCAUUUCGUGCCAUGUAGCUCUGAGGCAGUUCGGGUACGCUUUCCGAAAAAAGACCGCGGCCGACAAGGCACGGUUCUUCGCCCAGAGCCGCGCCGCCGAGCAUUUGGAUGAGUUCUGGUCGCAUUCUUGGCAGCUGUCGGCUUGGAGAAAGAUUCUGAGUCUGAUGUUUCUCAAGAAUGGUUUGGCAGCCGCAACGAUCGGUUCGCUCUUCUCGUUGCUGGGUUUUACGUUGUCCAUGUUGCAAAUCCUCCCGUCGACGUUUGGCUUUGGCGGCAAAGUCUCCUUUUGGAGCACUCUCUUCGGACUCUUGGCCUUUUUCGGCAGCUUGUUCUUCUGGCGCAAGCCGUUCAAGCCGGAGCGCGUCUUCCUGGAUGUUUGCUGCAUCAACCAGUUGGAUAACCGUGAGAAAUCCGAAGGCAUUUUGAGCUUGGGCGGCAUCUUGCGGAACUCCCGACGAAUGCUGGUGCUGUGGGAUGCCACCUAUAUCGAGCGGCUUUGGUGCGUCUUCGAGCUGGCAGCCUUCAUCAGGUCUCGUCCUCCUGAAGAGGCCCCUGAGGUCCAGAUCCGGCCCACCUUGCUGGGCACCUGCGCGCUGGCCGUGAUCUUCGGGGUCACCAGUAUCGUCGUUUGCCUGGCGACCUUGAUUUCUCACCAACAACAGGCCCUGUCCUAUUUGAUUGUGAUCAGUGUCUUGUUACUGCUGAUCCUUUACCCGGCUGCUGCCACCUUCCGUGGCUACUUCCACUCUGUGGACACGCUUUGCGAUCAGAUGAGCAAGUUCCACCUUCAAGAGACCAAGUGUGCAUGCUGCGUUCAGGGUCACGACGAAAGUACCCCCGUGUGCGACCGAGACAUUGUCACACGCUGCAUCCGUGCAUGGUUUGGGGAUGAGGCGAGCUUUGAAAAGCAGAUGCAGGUCACGGUCUCUGCCUCUGUGGCGGAACAUUUGGGGGAGCAUCUUUUUCCGUAUUGGCUGCUCUUGGUGGCCUCAGUGCCUUUCAUGUGGGUCAUGCUGGACAUCGCCGUGGAGAAUCUCCUCUUCAUGAAGUUGGGUCAGUUCUGGCUCUUUUGGCUCAUCACGGGCUUCGGCUGGUGGAUUGCGGCCUUCCCCUGCUGCUUUUGCGUCUUCCUCUUCGUGGCCAAGGUGCUCCGCAAACCACGUCGGUACCUUUGCUGCGAUUUGCUCACCAACUUCUUGGUGAUUUUGGGACUGCUCCCGGCCUUUGUCUUGAUCUUCGGAUUUGAAGUGCUCAUCUUCUUGUUCUUUCCUUUUGAAGCACAGGAGUGGGUACUGGCUGCAGCCUCUUGGACAGCCGUUUGGAGCCAGCGCGGAUGUGUUUGCAUUGCAAAGAUCUGGCUAUAGCAUUUAUGGAGUUUCCCUGUUGAAACCAUGGUUUUCGCGGAAGAUCAACCAACACUGGACCAAGUCGACUUGGCCACGACGGGUUGACACCGUCUCGACGGUCACUCAGAGGUUGUUCAUGCCACUUCGAUCCAUCGAGUCCAUCAGAUCCCCAUCAGAUCCGUUCGGACCGUUUUUCCUUUGUACGUCGUGUUGUACCGUAUUUGCGCUCAUAAGGAUUAGUCGAUGAUGAGACUGAUGUUCCCAGUCUUUGGCUUGUAAGACUGACAGUCUUUGCUCAGGGGUCAAUGCUGCAUCCAAGUUGAAUCCAAAGUUUCUUUGGUGGAAGGGAUGGUCAACGAAAGAAGUGGCCUUCAGGUAUUUUUUGAGAGUCUUCCUGUAGGUUGUCCGGUAAAUUGCCGCCUCCAAAUAUGUAAAGAGACUCCAGCAGAAGGAGUCUGAAGGAGUCUCACUAAUAGCUAUCGACUCAUACUGUAUACUGUAUACUAGCUUUUUCUGGUUUUGAGAGUCCUGCAGUAUGCCACUUCCAACGAACUUGGUCCAAGAAAAUCAAAUUCGUCAUCCUCAGAUGUUGUUUUCUUACAACAAGGCCAUGACUGGAAUUCCAGGUGUGCACGGUGUGCGCAUCUGAAAUAGCCGCUUCCCGCCACAUCUUCAGCCCACGCGGCUUCAGCCACCUGACGCGUCCGUCUUCUCCAGGCACCUUCAGGCUGACGCGUCCCCGUCUUGUCAGGUCUCCAGCUGCUUUCACGGCCUUCUGGCGGCUCUGGUCUGGAACGCUCCACGAAUCUGCCGCCGGAAGGCCGAGGAGCCUACCGUCGAUGCCGCUCACAGCUUCCCCCAACAACUAGAUCUUCAAUGAGGCCGUGCUACGAGCUGCGCCAGCUCAGGACGACCUGAGCUGCGGCAUUUUGCUUGACGAACAACUCGGAUGGCCUUGGCAAAAUAACCUUCGUGUGUUUCUUUCAUCCAUGGGGCUCACCCUCCGAGUUGUUCGAAGAUGGUUGGUCUUGAUGUUCGCUGCCGAAAUUGCACUGUGGUGUCUAAGGCACGGCACAGUUUGGAGACGAAGAGCGUCGCGCUCCCGUCGAUCUGCUUGUACUUCGACUACAGCUCCGCACGGGGUGUUGCGACAAGAACCGCUGCGGGGGGCUGAUAUCAGAUGCCAACUGGACGAGCGCGGACAAGACUCCAGUUGUGAGGUUUCCCAACACCUAGAAUCUGGGGGGGUGCCUUAUGGUGGAAACGCUCUUGGAAACAGCUGUGCAAUUGAGAACCUUUGACCCCAUACACUUACAAGGGCUCUAGAUUUCUGCGAGUUAUGGU